AUGUAUUCUACAAAAAAUAACAUGAAUUCAGGUUAUGCAGACCCUAGAAGUUUGGUACUAACUUUACAGGAGUUAUCCGCAGAUUAUCACAAAGAAGUUGCUGAGAUGAAUAAUGUUUUAUUCCAGGCUAAAGAAAGGUAUCAAUUAACUCUCAAUGAAAAUAAUGAAAAAAUUCAGAGAGCUCAAGACCAAAUGUCUGACGAGAAUAUUCAAAUUCAGAAGGAGUUUGAAGAACUUAGAAAAAUGUACGAAAAGAAUCUACCUAGUUUGAAUGAAGAAAAAAUUAUGAUUCAGUCACAAUAUUAUAAGGAAAAAUCAAAAUUUGAUUGUGAAUUCCAAACUAAGGUCAAUGAAACUACUAACAAGCUUUCUGAAAUCAAUGUCAAAUUAAUGACAUCAUCUAAGGAAGGCCUAAAAGAAAUUGAAGAUUUAAAAGCUCAGCUAGAGCGGGAAAUUGCCGAGCUGAACUCUGAAUAUAGAUCCAAUUUAAGUGCCAUUGAUGCUAGCUACAAGAAGGAAUUGAGUGCAGUUAAUCAACAUAUUCAAGAUUUAACCAAUUAUGUAAAUGAAACCACUAUAAAGCUUAACCAAAGGAGAGAACAGUCUUCUAAAGAUUAUCACCUCUCUGUUGAAAGACUUACUCAAGAUAACAAUGCUGCAGGUGAGGAGUACAAUGCUACAUGUAUCUCAAUUUCUCAAAAUAUUCGUAUGAGAACUCAAAAUUAUGAGAAUUCUGCUGCAGGUAUUAGAAAUGCUAUAGAAGGCGCCAUUAAUAACCAAAAGCGCCAAGUUGUGCAUUCUCCAUUUGCAUGA